AUCCAUUCUCUGUUUGUAGUAAAAUGGAGAACAUUCUGGGUUUCAUAAACCACCGGACCUGUAUCAGAGAGGCUGUCCUCCUUCAGCACUAUUUGUCUGCAUUCUGGUGGGCUAAAGAUGCCAAGUUUAGCCCCACACAGAUCUCUUUCACCAUGGCUGUACUCCAUAUACUGCUGGGAAAUCUAAGAGAAAAACAGAUGAGUUCAGUGGAUAAUAUGGUGGUGUUCAUGAAAGCCAUGACUGCUGCCUGCCACUGUGCUCCUUCUGAAGAACAUGGCACUUCACUUUUGAACAAUAAUGAAGCCAAAGCACUGAUAUGCUAUGUAACAAAAAGUCUCAUUCGGAAAUACAAACUAUAUGAACUUCUCUUCAUGAAAUCCACAGAGGAGCAUCUGACAGGGAUGGAGAGGACCAUUCAGAGAUUUGGCUGUCAAGAUGCUCAUACCUCACUGGAGGAAAGCAUUUCCACCUACUUCUACUUUAAGUAAAUAAAUUUAAAAUUUCA